AUGACCACCAAUAGAGAAGAAGCAGAAGGAGAAGAAGCACCCUUCUACCCCCGCCGUCUCUUCGAUUACUCCCCGACCUUCACGGCACCCCUCCCCCUCACGGCCCACGACAUCCACACAACACUCACCGCGCACCCGCUCUUCGCCGGCCAGAACAUCCUCCACCACAACAACCACCCCGUCCACGUCGUGCGCAUCGUCGGGCUGCUGGUCGCCCUCGACACGUACGAUAUCCGCCAUGCGCUCGUGCUCGACGACGGCUCCGGCGCCACGAUCGAUGCCAUGAUCUGGCGGCAGCGGCGCGAGGGUGCUGGGGGGGUGCCGGGGAUGGCGGUGGAGCUGCCGGAGGAGGCGGUGGUGGGGUGCGUGCUGGGCGUGGAGGGCGUGGUCGGCGUGUUUAGGGGCGUGAGGCAGGUAGAGGUACAGAGGUUGUGGGUACUGCGGGACACGGCGGAGGAGGUGGCGGCGUGGGCGGAGGUGCUGGAGAUGCGGAGGGGGGUGUUGAGUCGGCCGUGGGUGCUGGAGGAGCGGGUGCUGGAAAGGGAGAGGAGGAAGGUGGAGAGGGAGGCGAGGGCGGUGGAGAGGGCUGUUGCGGCGGCGGCGGUGGCAGCGGAGAGGACGUUUGUGGGGAGGAGGAGGGCGCCUGGACAGACGUUUGAGGUUGUGGUGCCGCCGGUGGAGAGGACGUCUUCAGUGGCGGAUGGGCAGGAGGAGACGGAGCGGGGGCAGGCGCCGAAGGUGAUAAAGUAUAUUGGCCACCGGCGCACCUCGAAGCCGCCGGAAGCACCGGUAGAGCCCCUGAGCUCACCGGUAGAACCUGCGCUAGAAGCAUCGUCAAAGUUUAUUGGCCGCAGACGGCCCUCGCGACCCCCGGAGGUGCCCACUGAGCCUACGCCGGACCCAGAACCGGCACAGCCCGCACUGAGAUAUAUUGGCCAUAAACGCACCUCGAGACCUCCGGAGGUGCCGCCUAUAUUUGAAUCCCCAGUGCCACCACCCGCUGAGGUCGUACUCGUGCAGGCGGCGCCACCGGGAUUUGUCGGCCGUCGAAGGACGUCGAGACCGCCGGAGCUGCCUGUUGAGCCGGUGCCAGAACCAGCGGUGAAGUUCAUCGGCCGUCGACGGCCGUCGAAGCCACCGGAGGAGCCCCAGGUUAAAGAAGAGCCUGCACCAGACGCGGCGGUGAAGUUCGUCGGCCGUCGACGGGCGUCGAAGCCACCAGAGGAGCCGGCGGUUGAGGAAGAACCUGUCGUGGUAGCAGCAGCGUCAAAGUACAUCGGCCACAGACGUGCGUCGAAACCGCCUGAGGAACCUCCACAGGAACCUCCACAGCCCCCGAUUAAAAAAGAACCCUUUGCAGUAGUAGUGCCGAAGUACAUCGGCCACAGACGCACUGGCUCGAAGCCACCAGAACCCCCUGCAGCCGCAGCCGCAGUCGUGCAAGAACCCACAACGGUGGUAGUAGCAUCAGCAUAUAUCGGGCAUAAGCAUCCAAAGCCCCUCGAGCCAGCACCGGCAGAGACGAAGACAAAAUACGUCGGCCACAAACGGAGCACAACCGUCGUAGUCCCAGAGCCGGCAUAUCGCGCGCUGAAGCGCAUAAGACCACUGCCGGAAGAUGACGAGGAGCCCGCGGCGGGCUCGGGGUCUAGAGGCCAGAAGCGCCAAAAGCUGCCCAUGCAGCCGUUCUCGUCGUCGUCCGAGUACUGUAGCGGCGGCAGCGGCAGUCAUCGACGUCCCAGCACCAAGGCAGCACCGCCGCCGCCAGAGGUAUCAAGUUCCGUAUUUCGCGGGAAAUGUCGGACAGAGCCACAGCCACCAAUACUGUCUGCGUCACAAGUGCCGCAGGAGCUACUGGACUCCAUAUGUCUCUCCUCCCCCGCCUCCACUCCCGCGUCGAAAGCGUCACCACCACCACCGCUUCGCCGCGGCCGCUCGUCGGGAAUGCAUGAAGCCGCACCGCCAUCCGCUCAACCACAGCCGCAAGUAACACCGCAGCCGCAGACGCAGUAUCGUGGCCGCCGGCGCCAUCCCAGCGCCCGUAUCUCGGAGCAGUCGACCUCGCUCACUCCCGUGGGCGCGGCGAAAAGUACGUCUGUGCGCGAACCGGCUAGGCGUGUCCGCCGCGAGAAGGAGAAGGGGAAUGACAUGAUGACCUCGUCGAUGGAGUCUAUGACUAGCACGAGCACGUACCGUGGCAGCAGGCGAUACGGCACCCGUGCAAUGACAAGCUCGCAGGAGACGGAGCAGCGGCGGAGCCGGAAACGCAGCAGUAGGGCAGCAAGGAGCUCGCAGGAGGAGGCGGCGUAUGUACCCUCCGGAAGGCGUAGGAGUGUGGAGGAGGAUCAAGGGGAGAGGAGGAGGACGAGAAGUUCACAGGAGGAGGCGCCUUAUGUUCCGUCCGCGAAGCGGCGGGUUGAAGAGGAGGAUGUGGAGAGACGCAGGACGCGCAGCUCGCAGGAGGAGGUGGUGGAGUAUGCUGGGUUCCGGGGGAAGAGACGGGCGGGGGCGCUGGUCAAUAUCAAGAAGCCGGCUGUGGUUGGGAGCGUUGGGUUGGUGGGUAAGCGCCGGAGCACGACGGCGGCGGAGAGUGGUGGUGGCGGCGGGAAACGACGGAAGCUUGCGCCGGAGGUGGAGGACGAGAAGGAGAGACAGAAAGAGAAAGAGAGAGUGCGGGAAGAGGAAGAAGAAGAGAGAAGGCUGUUGUUGGCCGCGAUAGAGCAAUCGCCAUAUGUUCCGACGCCGCCUCCCGGUGUGAAGCAAAAGCAGGCGAAGAAGGAGGAACCGGCGCCGACGCCGACGCCGACGAUGAGGCAGAAGAGCAUGUUUCUGGGGCGCCGGAGGAGCACGCUGUUUCAGCUGGAGGAGGAGAUAUCGGACUUUUCGGAUUAUGUGCCGAGUCCUGCUAAUACUGCUCCUGCUGCGUCUGCGCCCGCGCCUGCUCCUACUACUGCUAAUCGUGCUCCCGCGAAUCCUGCUCCCGUGGUGUCGAAGUUUGUGGGCAGGCGGAGAAAGUAA